AAGUAGUUUUCUGCUUUUUAAAGCACACCCAUUCACUUCCCACUAAAGACUAUCUUUGUUGCUUAAAGCCUCCCCCCUCUCCUUAUCCUCUCGUUCCCUCUCUUUCAUCACUAUCCGCACAGUUGCCUCUAAAAUACCCAUCAAAAUUCAUUCCUAAAACAAUCCCACUGCAACUCAUUUUAUAUAUUACUUGUAGUGUAUCUACACAUUUAUAGCAAGAAAAUUAGUGAGGAGGAGAGAGACCCACAAAUUGAUUAAACUACAAGAGCCUCACUAGCUAGCUACCUAAAGAAAAAGAAAGAUCGAAGCGUCAAGAAAAACACACAAAGUGUGUGUUUGUUUGUUUGUUUGGUUGCAUAGUAUAUAUUUAUGAUCAUGGAAGGAAGUGAAGACCAUUUCCACCGUCCUAACUUUCCGUUUCAAUUGCUUGAGAAGAAAGAAGACGAAGCGUGCUCUAGCUCGGGCUACCCUCCGAAUAAUAAUUCUCUCGCUUUGACCACCGAUAUCAAUCCUAGUCUCGGCCGAUCCACUUCGAAUCUACAAGUAGUAUCGGCCGAGCCAUCAAAAAAGGCGCCUCCUAAACGCACCUCGACAAAAGAUCGGCACACGAAAGUCGACGGCCGUGGCCGUCGAAUUCGCAUGCCGGCCUUAUGUGCGGCUAGGGUUUUUCAACUCACUCGAGAGCUAGGUCAUAAAUCGGACGGUGAGACAAUUGAGUGGCUUCUCCAACAAGCUGAGCCGGCCGUUAUAGCCGCUACGGGUACCGGUACGAUUCCAGCCAAUUUUACUUCACUUAAUAUAUCGUUACGUAGCUCGGGCUCUAGCAUGUCCGUACCGUCCCAGCUCCGUUCGACUUAUUUCAACCCGAAUUUCUCAAUGCCGCAACGACGUAGUUUGUUCCCGGGUAUCGGAUUAUCAUCGGAGAACAACGCAUCGAAUCUUAUGAGCUUUCAGUCUACUAGUCAAAACCCUAAUGGCAUGUUUCAAGCGAAACACGAAACGACGACGUUGGAGUUAUCCGAAGAGAAUUUAGGUCAAAAACGGCGUACGGAGCAGGAUAUGUCACAAAUGGGGACUUAUCUAAUGCAAUCAAGCACGGGAUCGUUGCCGUCGAGUCAUAGCUCGGUUCCGGCUAAUUUCUGGAUGGUUGCGAAUUCGGGUAAUCAAGUCAUGAGUGGCGACCCGGUUUGGACUUUUCCAACCGUUAAUAAUAGUGCUGCUUUGUAUAGAGGCACUGUCUCUAGUGGCUUACAUUUUAUGAAUUUUCCUACUCCUGUCGCUCUCAUGCCUAGUCAGCAACUCGGCGCUGUAAAUAUUAACAGUGGUGGAGGUGGAGGUGGCGGGGGCAAUGGUGCUAAUGGUGGCUUUAGCGAAGCACAAUUGAGUAUGCUUGCCGGUUUAAGUCAGUACCGGCCUAUUUUUGGGUCGGGUUUAACGGAUUCCCAAGCGAGCGGUUCUCACUCGCAUCAUGGCUGUGGCGGUGGUGACGGUGGCGGAGAUGAUCGGCAUGAUACAAAUAGUCAUGACCAUGAUCAUUCUUAGGUUGGUUCCUCAUCAUUCUCCGAAACUUGUGUGCCAUUUAAUUUCGUAAUUUUUCUCAUCCAUUAAGUCGAUAUGGAUAAUUUGUGAGUGUGAUUUAAUUAUAAAAGAGGGCCGACCUUUUUUUUGCCCUUUUAGGGUUUGGGAAGACAUUAGUUGUUUCCUAUAGCUAUUGUAUUGGUUUUGUUGUUAAAAAGUCCCAUUUGGUCCUCUUCUAGUAAUACAAUAUCAUCAUGAGUGCAACAAUCACACUUGUUUCCUGUUAAAGAAUGACUUGCAAUACAAAUUAAGCUUUGUUUCUGCAUGAAAGUAGUGCUUAA